AUGGCCGAGUUGGCUGUACUAGCUACACAGCGGCCGUACCUCGCGUUACUCAUGUCUAUCGGAGCACCGACACAACAGGUUCGGCAAAUAUUCUCUUCAGUAGACGUCGCCGAGAUUAUCAAUAGACCGUCUUCAAGAGUCGCUCGUAUGUACUUCGGGUGGCUUUGGAAUCUCCCCAUUGUUUUUCAAAGGCUGGCCGCCGCUGCAACGUACGCGCUCGCCAUCGGUGCGAUGAUCAACAGUGUGCAAGGAGCCAUCUAUCUAGAUGCGAGAACGGUUGUUGGAUUCAGGUGCAAUGCGGUCUAUUUAGUGUUGGUCUGGGUGUUGCUGGGCAUCACCCCGACGAUGUUUGCCAUCGGGGCUAUCCGACAGCGACAUUGCCUGCCUAACCUCGCGUCGUUUGCUCAGUUCGUCGAGUACACUGAUGCUAGAGCACCACAAGAGGAUAAAGAGGACGGGUUGACGUUGGUACCCUCAUUAGCAGAAUCGACAGACGAAUCGCGCGGUCAAUGGAUCAGUGAUCUUCUCUUCUUACUCGCGAGACUUGCAGCGCUUGUACAGUUUGUGUAUGGGAUGGCAAUACUCUCGGCAUUGACGCCAAUCUCUUUCAUGGAUACCCUGCCGGUAGUCAUGCGUUUUGCGGUUAGCAAUGUUGUUUGUCGCGCGUUGUUGCUGCUGGAGCUUGAGGGCAUACGGAUUAGGGUACAUGGAAGCCUGAGAUUAAUGGAUGAUAAUGCAAAAUUCUGA